ACUUAGCGUGCUCGCCCUUCCGGUCGGCACGGAGGCGGGGCGCGUGACGCACUUCCGCUUCCGCCUGGGCGUAGGGGUGGCGGUGGUGCUGGGGGCCGCCGCCUGCUGCCUGGCUCCGCUCCGGCCUGCGCCGUGCUGCGCUACUAUCGCAGCAAAAUGUCUGGAACUGAUGAUUUUUCGUUGGCAGAUGCUUUACCCGAUCAGUCUCCAGCUAAAACCUCCAAAGUGAGCAGUGGGAAGCCCGGCCAGCAGCCCGGCCAGCCGCCGCAGGGUUGGCCUCCAUCGAACCCCUGGAACAACCCGAGCGCGCCGCCCGCGGGGCCGAGCGCGCUGCCGCCGAACACGUCCGCUUCCAGCGUGCCCUUCGGACCUCCGCCUACAGGAAUGUAUCCUUCAAUGCCCCCCGGACCGCCUGCUCCAUUUCCUCCUCCUCCUACCGGACCCUCUUGCCCUCCUCCUGGAGGUCCAUAUCCGCCCCCAGCUGUGCCGGGUCCCGUCCCACCAGGGCAGUAUCCUCCACCCAACAUGCCCUUUCCAGAGCUUCCAAGACCUUAUGGCGGUCCAACGGAGCCAGCUGCGCCUCCUGCUCCCGUUGGGCCGUGGGGAUCCAUGCCCUCUGGAGCAUGGGGACCGACAAUGGGAGGGCAGUAUCCUGCACCCAGCAUGCCAUAUCCACCCCCGGGGCCAUACUCUGCUCCUACCCAGACUCCAGGGGCAGCGCCAACAGUACCGUGGGGUACAGUCCCACCUGGAACGUGGGGACCUUCACCGCCAGGUCCGUUUCCUCCACCCACAGGAUCGUACCCGGCUCCAGGACUGUAUCCUACGCCCCCUAAUCCUUUUCAAGUGCCGUCUGGUCCUGCUGGUGCUCCGUCAAUGCCUGGUGGUCCCCAUCCUUACCGUUGAAUACGUUCUGGGCAACAAAGUACUGUAGCUUUCCACCUUCAUCCACUACUUACAGAGAUUUUUACAGUUUUUGUUUCAGUAAUGUUUGGGGCUAUGAAGAAUACUUGCCUCUUGUAUGUGCAUUUGAGGUAUGAAGGAGCAAUUUAGCAAUUUGCAUAAUAUUAACUUGCUCGUAUGCUGGCGUAAUUGUUUGGUUUGAUAAAAACGAGCUGCAGAGAGCAGAAGUAAAACUGAAAUCUGUGGUUCUUACUCUGGCAAGUGUUCCUUGGAAAAAUGAGAGCUUGCAAAACAAAAACAGCUUAAAUUUCCACGAAUGCUUUAAGUCUUGUUGCCAGACUUGUGCUGGUUGUUGAACGGCUGGAUAGUCACAUCUCGUCUGUUUUCAGGUUGUUCUAAAAUGUCAAUAAAGAGCAUUUCAGGAUUUUUGUCAAGAAAUCUUAAUUUUUGAACGUGCUACGGUAACGGAAACGAAAGAGAACGGAGCGCGUGAACUCGAAGGAUCUCUCAGCAUUUUGUAAAUACUCAAAACAAUUGCUCAGUCUGGGACCGCGGAGGAGAAGACGCGAGUUUGAGAUGCUCGGUGUGACCUGGGAGCACGCUGCUGGUGUUUGCAGGCAGGUGUCUCUGUGCCAAUGGAAUGACCUGGACGUGCAGUUCACUUUGAAUCAACCGGUGUGAGUUUCGUGCAUGCCCACGAGGACAUCGUUUUGCCAGUUCUCGUUCUGUGGUGGUUGGAGGUUUGCCUUGGUCUAUGUAAAGAAUUAAUUCCCACGUAGGUAAAGUACUUCCCCGUAUCUAACCUGGGUUCUAGCUGUUUCAAAUCUGACUUGCCUGCCGGGUUGCGUAAACUCAGCAGGUGUUUUCAGAGUCCCUAGAAACUGAACUUGAGCUUAAUGAUGAAAUAAACCAGCCUGGCCGUUCCCUUCCCAGCUGGUUUGGGCGAGGCAUUCCCUUGUGUCCGCUGCGGAGAUCCCUCGUGCCAUCCUUACUGCCACAGCGAGUCUCACUGGGGCUCCACUGAGCAUGGAAAUGGAGAGCAGCCCUCUGUUCUCAGCUAGGUGCCUGCAUACCUCACUGAGUAAGCGUAAUUUGGGAGGAAUUGAAUGUUUAGAAGCCUGCGCGCUGCUGUGUAGCUGUCCCUGCUCUGGGAGGGGCACUGCAGUGAGUCUUUAUGUUCUUGCCAUAUCUGUGCAAAGAAGGGGGAGCUGCUGGCUUCGUAGCGUUCCCGAGGCACGGCCGCGUGUCGGUGAGGAGCUCUGGGGCUCUGGGUGGUUCUUCAUAGCCCAGCUUUGACCGUGGAUGGUUUGUUUUUAUCCCCCGAUGGGGAUAUCCUAACUUAGCCCCUGUAGGUAGAAUUAGGAACCAUGCUUAACAUGGUAGCUCGUUAGGGAGUCUUCGUAUCGUGGAACUGUGAAAGCAAGUUAAUUCGUUUCCCAUACCUUCCCAUGGCGUCCUGCAUGCGUGUGAUGAACUUCGUAAGAACAAGUGGGGUGACCUGGUAGCGACGCUUGGUGGCUGUCCGAGCCCUUCCAGCAAAGCCCUGCGCUGUCUUUGCAGAGGGGAGCCGUGGCUCCUUCUCAUCUGCCUUGAAAACCGAGAGCGAAGGUACGAGCAUCUUUCUCCUUUCAAUGUUAGGAAGACAGUGCUGGAGCCAAACAGAAAUCCUUCGUGUUUCGGCAUAAAACCCAGCUCUGCAGGCCUAGCGAGCAGAGCCCCAAGUGUCAGUGUUACCUUAACCGAGCCCCUUGGCCUCCCAGACAGCGCGCUCCACUUAGAGCUUGGCAAGACCGAUUCAAAAUAAACACAGUAGAACACUGCCUACAUUCGCUCAAGUGCUUUUAAUGUAAAUACCUGCAGCCUUAGGUUAUGAAGCGAUGCGAUGAACAACACCUAUCCCGAAUGGACGGGUCGUGCAGUAGCGGCGCUCCACUUUCCGAUUGCACUGGUGUGUCUUUGCAGGGAAUGGGAAGAGGUAGGAAAGGAGAAAGCAGCAAACGUAGCAAGGUAAUGACUUGUGGCAAGGGGAUUUGUGACGGUAACUAGGCUUCUAGGUUCUUCCUGGAGUAGGCAGGAUUUAUUACUGGAACAUUUAGGCUACAAUUCAGUAGAUAUGGGAUGUUUUUUCAAUGUAUAUUCGUAUUUCUUGAGGUCACGAGAACUGUUUCAUAACCCCUUUGUUUUUGUGAGCCGAGUUCUUUGCAUAGCAGUGAGAAGGGUAUACCUGUUAAUCUAUUGUGUAAAAAAAAAAACACUCCAGUUGUCACUAUAUUACCGUGUAGUAACUUUAUCACAUGUUAUGUCAAGUGUGAGCAACUUCUGGCCUGAAGCUUUUGCAAUGGAGUUCGUACAUUUCUAUGCAUCGUUUGAGUUCAAUCGCUGAGGAGUUCGUUUUGACUUGUGCUUUGAGGUUGACAUCCUGCAUUUGUUUACAAUAUGAAAUAUAAGCAAUCACAUCUUCAAAGUAUAGAUUAUCACCUGCUGCUGUAUUUUCUUUAGAUGAAACAAAUAUUGCUGUAUGAUAGUGAGAAGCUAUAAAUACAGGAUUUGAUAUUUUUUUGAAAAUGCUGUCACUUUUGUAUAAGAUUAGACAUUAAACGUAUUUUCAAGAC